AUGUUCUGCCUGAACGCACUGUAUUGGCAGAUAACGACCUUGUUCUCGGUGCCUCAGGAGCUACUGCUUCUGCGACAUAAGGUCUUCCGCGAGUACGCUAGGAUCGCGGUCGGGCCGGAUUUCAUCCAUACGUUGCCCUCCAUCGUGAUCCUGACGGCAGCGAUAGUCGUCCUGUGGAAGCAUCCGCCGGCCAGUAAGCGGCUCUCGCACCUUUUAGGCGCGACUUCCGUGUACAGAGGUUUGCAGGUAUCGGUCAGCUGGCUCACGAUUAAUGUGCUUUUAUGGCUGUGGCUGAUCCUUCAGAGGAUACUCUACUGCAGCGUCUGGCAUUAUUGGAGUUACGAAUCUGAGCAUCGAGAGAUUCUACAUCGCGCCUGGUGGCAACGCCUCUGGUCCUCGUAUUACCCGGCUCAUGUGCAACCAUCGGUGGUGUCGACCGAAUUUAUCAGCUGGAUCAUCGCAAUGUCGAUGACGCUGACCGCACUAGGAUUUGCGGUUUAUAUGGAUCGCGUGGGAACUUUCAUAAAAAAUGUCCUGACCAAAGUGGGAAAUGCACUCGUGAUGAUAGCUUGUUACGUGAAAUUGCCAUGGGAAGAGUUCGAAACGGAAGAGGCAAUGAUAAUGGAGGAGAAUAUGGCAAUGGAGGGCAGCGAGAUCGGCUCGAUUUCCGACGAUACCCCCUCGGAGAUGUCGGUCGACAUGAAUUGUCCGGCGUCAGCGGAUGUGCGUCCGAUCUCCUACAGGACUAACUGGAUACCACAGGCGAAUUUCGCCACGUUCAAAGAAGCCCACCGAAAGAUAUCGAUGAAGUCCUUUCACACGGUGGCAGGUGUAAACGACAUUCAGGAUUCCGAUAAGAUCGCCGCGAAGCAAGCGCGACAUCGGCGCGGCUGUCACACCAUAAUACCCAGCAAUUCCAGCGAACAGUCGAGUGAACACUGA